AUGCUGCGGCUGCGCUGCAAGGCGCGGAGCGGCACGCACCCCCUGGGCGGCUUCACGGCGCACUCCCGCCUCCGCGACAUGCAGGCCGCGCUGGCCGCCCUCACCGGCGUCCCCGCCGCCGCCCAGCGCCUCCUCCUCGGCUUCCCGCCGCGCAGCCUCGACCUCAGCGACGGCGAGCGGCGCCUCGGCGACCUGGGCAUCCACUCGGGCGACACGCUCAUCGUGGAAGAGGACACGUCCAGAGCCAAGGCCGGCUCGCCUGUCGUCGCCAAGAGAAGCAUGUCCGGCUCAGCGAGGGAGGCCGUGCCCGUGCUCGCCAGGCGGGUCGUUCCCGCCGAUAACUCCUGCCUGUUCACCAGCGUCUACUACGUGGUAGAAGGAGGCGUUUACGAUCCAGGUUGCGCUCCGGAGAUGCGCAGCCUUAUAGCCCAGAUAGUAGCAAGCGAUCCCGAGUCCUACUGCGAGGCAGUGCUGGGAAAAACUAACAAAGAGUAUUGCGAAUGGAUCCGAAGAGAAGAAACUUGGGGAGGAGCCAUCGAAGUAUCCAUUUUAUCCAAAUUUUAUCAGUGUGAGAUCUGUGUUGUGGACACACAGACAGUCAGAAUUGAUCGUUUUGGGGAAGACGCUGGUUACACCAAGCGAGUCCUUUUAAUUUAUGAUGGGAUUCACUAUGAUCCACUUGAGCGUAGAAUCCCCGACUCAGACAUUCCUCCCCAGACCAUUUUCUCUACAACUGAUGAUAUUGUUCUCGCACAAGCGUUGGAGCUAGCAGAUGAAGCCAGACGGAAGAGGCAGUUUACGGAUGUGAAUCGCUUUACACUGAGGUGCAUGGUAUGCCAGAAGGGACUAACUGGACAAGCGGAAGCCAGAGAACAUGCCAAGGAGACUGGACACACCAACUUUGGAGAAGUGUGACAUCUGCAUGAGGAUGGUUACAUCUACUACCUCACCAGUCCAGAAUAAAAUUCUGGAUUUUCACAUAAGCUGUAUGUAAUCAUAAAAUUCCGUUCAGAGCUUGAAAAGCAUAUUAAGUUAAUGAUGGCCAAGACACAGGUUUGUUAUGGUUAGUAUGCGAGUUUACAGAUAUUUAUGCAGUAGUGAUUUUUCUGGCUAAUUUGAAAUAGGCAUCUUCUCGCAUGCUGACUUACAGGAAUUUGCAGGUGGUAUACACUGGCAGCUAAAACCUGACUUUUGAAUUAAUCUGUGCGCAUGAUCUGAGUGAACAUACAAACAAGCUUGUUCAACACUGUAGUAAAAUCUAGCCUCUAAAUUACUGAAUUAGUCUCAAUAUUAUAUUUUCAGGGCAGUUAAACUAGUCUAAAGGUUGGGAAACAUACAUAUCAGCAUUACUUCUACUAAAAAUUGGACAUUACUUAUACUAAGAGUUGGACUCCGCAUGUACAAGCAGUUCUUGCAGGGCAAACUGCUCGCUUGGUGCACAGUUUUUAUAGGAAAGAAUAUAUCUAAAGCUGCCCUAUACCAUUACCAUGUUACCAUCAAAAGUAGAAUGUAUUGUUUGUGUGAAAUCAUGGCUUUAGAGAAAGAACUGACCUCUAAGCUUUAAGAUAGCCUUUUUUUUAAAUAUAUAUAUAUAUAUAUAUAUAUGAGUAGAUAGUUAAGUAAUGAAUAAACUUAUUAAUGCUCUAUAGGUAGUUUUUAGUUGCUUGAAAAAUAACUAUCAGCCCCUUGGUGUUUACACUGCAUCAAAAUGUACACGUUUCUUGAAAUACUUGGAUUCUUACUCAUAGAAUGAGAGUAAUUCCCUCUUGCCAGAAUCUGAGAAAUAGGGGAGUAACUUAUUUUGCAUCUGCUCAAUGUAUUUAAAGAUACUUUGCAUGAGUACAGCUGAUUUCAUGGCCACAGUGUUAGUAAGCUAUAUCAGAUUCCAAAUACUGUAAGUUAGCACUUUAAGGUAUAGUUCUCAUUCUUUACAGGUAAAAAGUUCUGCCUUUUUAGAAGGGCAGAGUGCUCAGCCAAAAGGGAGGCUUGAAGCUUCCUAGUCUGCAUUCUGCCUUAAUGAGUUUGAUUUGUCACCGAUGACUCUUAAGUAGCAAGACUAAUUUUGAUAAUGAAGGGAGCAGUUUAAAUUCAUAAUAAUUUAAGCUAAGUGAACUGCCCUACUUGUCAUAUUACUCAGAAUCAGGGAUGUUGAAAUUGGUUUAACAAGUUUUACCUCACAGUGGGGAUGUGAGGAUGAACAAUAAGUGCAUUGAGAUCUUUUAAAAGGUGCUGUAGAGGUGCAUAUUACUGAGAGGGAUUUUGUUUUCUUUCUUUGCAAUGCCUGUAACACGUACUUGCAUUAAUGAAUUUAAAGAUAUUCUUAGCCUGCUAGUCUUCUGUUACUGAGUUACCUUUGUUGCACUGUUACAAAUGGGGAGCAAGAAUGUUCAUCUUCAAACUGAAGCAGAAAUAAGCCCACUAUAAAUGGAAUCUGAGAUUUGAAGGCCUCUAUUAAGGCAUGUAUCUAAACUCCUGGUGCAGCAAAAGCUUCCUUUCUAUUAAAGAAAGAAGUAUUUCACUGAAGUUCGGUCAACUCCAAGGUAGACCUUGAAAUGCUGAGGGAGUAUUAUUGAAAAUGGAAUGUAGUUACAUUUAUGUGCUUUGUACUUAAUUACUCAUGCCUCAAUCUAGCAAAGAGGAGAAUCACCAAAAGCAGUAUGGACCCGGAUUCUUUAAUUUAGUAUUAAAGUAAACAUUAGCACUGUUGAAUUUAAUAUAGAAAGCCACUUAGCUUCCAGUGUUAAGCCCUACUUUGCUUUUAGCCUAUCAUUAGAGUAAACUUUUAUUAAAAAGAAUCCUCUAGAAGCUGAUGCUUAGAACUUGUAGAAAUACCUGACAAUUCAAAGAAACUUGAAGAUUACACUGUAUUAUAACUACUUGAGAUGAAAUACUAUCUAGGAAUGAGACCAAGAGACUAUCAAUCCUAAAUUGUAUUCUCAGCUUUCACACUGAGUAGGUGAGAUACCUUGGACAAGGAGCUGUUCCUCACCAUUUACUGUCUAUAAAAUGGACAUAUCUACCUCAGAGAGGUGUAGUAGGUGACUGUCAGUGUCCUUUAAAGAGUGUUGUAGAAGUGGAAGAUACACAUUUAUCAUCUGCCAUGCUUGUAAACGUUUUGACUUUUGGGAGCAACUCUUAAAAUUCGUUGCGUGGCCUCAAUUUGUCAGAAGAGCAGACCUGACAAACUUCUUCACCGGCUUGCUGAGUUAAAUUUUUAGCUUUGUAUCCUGAGUGGUUUUCUAAAGUGUAAAAAUGUUUUUAUUUCUCAAAUGUAGUUUUUUGAAGUUACCUUUAUUUAAUCCAAGUUUAGCUUUGCUGUAUCCUAUUUGCAUAGCCAUUCCACUAACAAAGUGUCAAUUCAGUUUAAGGGAGACCACCUGUCACAUCACUGCUUUCUUUCAUUGCAUAAAAUAAAAUCUAUUCUGUUUAAAAAAAAAAAAAGCAACCAAACUGCUGUAAUUCAUCUUUGCAAAAGUUCAUAUUAUCAAUCUGACAGUCUUUCAAAGAAUAAGUAACCUGUGGUAUUGAUAGUGAGUUGAAAAACAUUGUGUUUCUCCUAAACUCUAAGCAGAAGAUGUGUACAUUAUUUAAAAAUAUAAGCUCUGGAAUGCAUUCAAAGUACACUUUCUUAAAAAAAAAAAAAAGUGUUGUACUGAUAGAAAAACCCCUAACAUUUGUUACCAGCAUUUACCUGCCCUUAAUGGUGGUUACAGAAAUAUCACAAAAAUGGCAUCCUGAUAUAAGUAAAAUUAAUUCCAGAAUAUCACUGAUCUACUUGCACUGAAUUGUUAUUGUACAGAAAGAUGUUAGCUACAGAUAUUUUAGAAUGGAUGUAUUAUGGGACUUAGGCUCAAGUCCUGGCAGGGAGUAGCAUCACUUGUCUGUACCAGUCCAAAAAGCCUAUAAAAUAUGGACUUAUGCUCUUACCGUACAACUUUCCCCCAUACAAAUAUAAAAGAGGCACUGUUUUCCUUGCUGAAUUCUUCAAGAUAGAGGCCAGUGAUCAAACAGGCCCUGGAAACCUGAAAUUUUUGACCUCAUUGGUGGGCUUAUUUAAAGUUGGGUUAUAUUAGUAUUGCUUUAGGAACUGCUAUUCAGUUCUGGAUCUUUGAUUAAGCAGAAUCAGUUUCCUGGUGCCAGUCUGGCUCUUUCACCAGCCCUAAAUUUCUUCUUUAAUUAAAAGAGCCUAACCUACUCUAGUCAUGUGGCCUUUCACAAACAUUUUAAUAUGGAGAGAUGCACAUCUCAUGGUUUUAACAGCACUUUAAAAGUUUGUCCAAGUUUACAUGUUUAGCAGAUGUUGAGCAAGGACUUUCACUGAUGCAGGUAGUGUGUUCCUGUUACAGUAAAGUGAGUAGCUUUAGCAGUUUCUAAAGAUCUUAGCUACCAGUGUAUUCCAGUGGUGUAACAUCCUGUUAUUGUCUAUCAUCACAGUACCCCUCAUUUGGAGGAGUAUUUCCUUAAACACAUACCACACUGCAGAAAUGGGUGAUGCACUAAUAAACAUGACUGA